AUGUGUCAUGCAGGUGUACAAAGCGUGAUGUGUCAACUGCGAGAAAGAUUCUGGAUCUUAAAAGCAAGAAAAACGAUUUGGACUGUCAUAGAGAAGUGCGUCACAUGCGCGAACAAUUUACUUGAGGACGUGAACUGGGAUACCAUUUCUCAGUAUAGCUGCGCGCAACGUAUCGAGUGGCGAUUUAAUCCACCUACCGCCGCGUGGUGGGGUGGAUGGUGGGAGCGACUAAUGCUUAAGAAUAUUUUGCGGAAAGUUUUAGGAAAAUCAUGCCUCACGUAUGAGGAGAUGUGUACGGUGUUAUACGAUUGUGAAAACACUUUGAAUUCUCGCCCUUUGACGUACCUCUCCGACGAAACGAAUGACUUAAAACCACUGACACCAGCUAUGUUUUUACGCGAUAUAAAAGAGUCAGAAACACCCGAUCUUGAUAUAAUUAAUCAAGUUGAUCUCAAGUCUAGGUACAAGUAUAAGCAAGAAUUAAUGGGGCACUUAAGACGUCGUUUUCGCAAGGAAUAUCUAAGCCAACUUGUAAUGAAAACUCGCACUAAAGAAUCACGUGAACUUAAGAAGGGUGAUGUCGUUCUCGUAGGCGAUGACAACCUUAAGCGGCUAGAUUGGCCUUUGGCCCGUAUUGAAGAUCUGAUCGAAGGUAGGGACAACAAAUGUCGGGUAGCUGUUGUGAAAAUGAGCACAGGAAAAUUCAAGCGACCGGUGCAACGCAUGUACCCGCUUGAAAUUUCUGAGUAUAUGGACGACAGUAAUGAUCUUCGAGAAAAGGCGAAAACGAAGGUCAAAUGUGAAGCUGUCAAAGAGAAAUCGGUUUGUAGUGAGAUGAAUGAAAAUUGCGCUGCUUGGGAAUUGGCACUACAAUCGCUUCACUUUAUUGCUUUGGAAAGACGCUAUUACACCAUAUGCAAUUAA